CAGCCCGCGCUGGAGUCCAUGCAUGGCCUGUUUGUUUGGGGAAGGGAGGCGUCUUCUUCUCUCACGAAGUUCUUCUGCAGCGCAGCUCUUCGUUCUGUGAUGAUAGCGAUGAAUAGUCACAGUGUGCUGUGAUUCCUCACGCAGGCGGCUGCUGUGUGUGUGUCACAGAGCUGAAGAGCGAGGGGGGAGGUGAAAGUUCACCAUGGCUUGGCCAUAUCAGGUGACAAUGUGGAAAAGUUUGGCUGCCGCCUCAGAUUAAAUUUCUCAAACUCGGAGAAUGACAAGCGAACGGAAAUACAAUGAAGCGGACGGAGAAAACGAAGCGCUGUCGUUCGAUUAUUAUGACGAUGAUGAUGUUUUCGACACAUUCACUGACGGAGACUGCGGCUGUGAUGAAGGAGUGCUGGGCUUCAGUGAUCCGUUCAGCAGUGAGGUGAAACCCCGGAUCCUGCUCAUGGGCCUGAGGCGAAGCGGCAAGUCUUCCAUUCAGAAAGUUGUAUUCCACAAGAUGUCACCCAACGAGACUCUCUUUCUGGAGAGCACUAAUAAGAUUUGUCGAGAGGAUGUUUCCAAUAGUUCCUUUGUCAGCUUCCAAAUCUGGGACUUUCCUGGUCAGAUUGAUUUCUUCGACCCCACAUUCGACUAUGAGAUGAUAUUUCGUGGCACAGGGGCUCUCAUCUUUGUCAUAGACUCUCAGGAUGAUUAUGUGGAGGCAUUGAGCAGACUUCACCUCACCGUGACACGAGCCUACAAGGUCAAUCCUGACAUCAACUUCGAAGUGUUCAUCCACAAGGUCGAUGGGCUUUCAGAUGACCACAAAAUUGAGAAGCAGAGGGACAUACACAAACGAGCCAAUGAUGAUCUAGCUGAUGCUGGUUUAGAAAGAAUACACUUAAGCUUCUACUUGACAAGCAUCUAUGAUCAUUCAAUCUUUGAGGCCUUCAGUAAAGUUGUGCAGAAACUCAUCCCUCAACUUCCCACCCUUGAGAAUCUGCUCAACAUUUUCAUAUCUAAUUCAGGGAUUGAAAAGGCUUUUCUCUUUGAUGUGGUCAGUAAGAUUUACAUAGCAACUGACAGCAGCCCGGUGGAUAUGCAGACCUAUGAAUUGUGCUGUGAUAUGAUAGAUGUGGUUAUCGACAUCUCGUGCAUCUAUGGGUUGACUGGAGAUGAGGCAGGAACUCCGUAUGAUAAAGAAUCCAUGGCCAUAAUCCACUUGAACAACACUACGGUCAUGUACCUAAAAGAGGUCACCAAAUUUCUUGCCUUGGUGUGUUUCCUCAGGGAAGAGAGUUUUGAGAGGAAAGGACUUAUCGACUACAAUUUCCACUGUUUCAAGAAAGCCAUAGAGGAGGUGUUUGACGUGCGCUUGAAAGUGCAGAGGAGUCGGAAGCUUCUGAGCCAGAGGAGGUGGAGCAGGCAGACUGUGCCAAACGGGACUCAGGCCAUCCUCACUUAGCUUUUGCCUCAAGGAACAAUUAACUUCCUUGGCGUCACAGGAAGUACAAGGUCCCGCCUUCACCCCGGCGCUAAUAUCAUGUGACUGAUUUUUAGUGGUUGGUGUGUGUUGCCAGGUUUGUAAUGCGUGUGCAGUGGAAGUGUUAGAGCACCAGCGCUAAUCCCAGGGGAUACCUUUGCUUCGGCAAUGAAGGCUGAUGGGUAAAUCUCAUGUGGUCAGAGCCGCUUACGCAAGAGCUGCUCCUCUCUGGAUGGACACUAAAUCAUCCGUAGUGAAACUACAAUGUGUUAUGUAAGACAAUUUCAUGUUUAGUAUUAUAAUCUCUAUCAGCGGGCCAAACGCUAUUUACUCGGGGAGAGCAGGGACGCACGCAUCUGUGACUGAGGGCUUUUCCUUUUGUGCUUAUGUGUUGUUUAGGCACAUGGGUGAAGUGAAGAACUUGAACUUGAAGCUCUCUCUCUUAGUGUGAAUAUAUUAGAAUCUAAGAAGGACUCUUUUCUAGCAGCAUUUUAAAUAGCACUGCUGUUGCCAUGUCAAACCGAGUGUAAUUUAAAUCUAUCAGCCGUAGUUCUCAGUCACAACUAGUCAGCUGCUAUAGUGAACGUACCAAUCAGAGGCUGUCAUAGAGGAUUAGAUAGCUUCAAGACUUAAGCUGUCACUCCACAUUAAGAAAAGGCUUUAUGGGCUCUUCACAAGGUCUUCAGUGAUUGGGUGAAAAGAGAGCAGUCUUCAUGUAACUCAUGAUGUCAGACAUGAAGUACACAUCAGACAAAUGUCAACUUAUCCAGAUACUUCUGCUCUCACUUAUCCUAGUACAUAUACACAAUUGACAGAUUUUCAAUGUAUAUUUAAGCUUCUUAGUUUACUUUGUGUAUUGCUUUUUAUUGUGCAACAUGAUUUAAACAAUUUUGUUUUAGUUUGUUUUGUAAAACUUUACAAUAAUAGUUCAUUUGUUAAAGAAACAGUUCACGCAAAAUUUAAAAUUUGUUGAAAAUUUACUCACCCUCGGGCCAUCCAAGAUG